GUAUGCGGCUGGAGGAGGCGGAGGAGGAGGAUAGGACACUGCUGAUGCUGAUGCGAGAGCUCUCGGCGUCUGUGAUCACCACCGAUGGACCUAUUCCGUUUUUGAUGGAGCCCUUUACCUCGGUUACCGUACCAGUCGUUUCGCUGUGGGUGUGGAUCAGAUGAGGCGGCGAGACGCGGACACCUGAAGAGGAAAUAACGGUUUCGACUCGUCACUCUUCUGGCCUGGCUUACCCCUACACAGGUGGAUUGACGCUGGAAAAGCGGAACCGAAAUGAGGCAAUAGCGUUGUACUGGGAAUGGACGGCUAUUUACAUCUAUGUUCUGAUACAAAGCUAACAUUUAGUUUGUUUUUAUUAGGGAGGAAACGAACCAUAUGUCGUCUUACGGGCUAAUUUUCUGUAGCUAGUCGGCUAGCAGCGUCCUCCGCCAAUGACCGCGGACAAGGGAGGAGUUAACGUCAGUCGCUAACAUAAACGCAAUGGAAGAAAGACGCUGGGAGCUACAUGUGCUUUGCCUCUUCUUAAUGAGAAUUUAAACAGCUGGAGGUUAUUUCGGGUGUGCGUUCCGCUAUCAGCUGGUUGCGGUUGAUGACGAGAUAAGCGGCUAAUGAGGCUAAUGUUGACAAACACGCGUAACUGACGCGCAAAUUAGCAUCUUUAACGUUUCCAAGGGUCCCCGAGACUUUAAACGCUGUUAGCUGCGUCAGCUCUUCGUUUCGGUGUUUUGGCAGCUCCAGGUAAAGUUAUGUUGGAUGAGCUGAGGCUGAAACAAUUGGCGACGGCAUCCAGCAGUGAAGCAGCCAUGACAGACAUGCACAGUGUGAGUCAAAACGUGUCUACGUUAACUCUGAAAUUACCUUCUCUGUGGAUGUAUUUGUAAACAUUCUCAAACCCACUGGUGCUAGCUCAGUUUAUGACUCCUAUAUGAUCGCGUUUCACAUCGUUAGAAGGAAGUUAUCGCGGUGUCUAACCUGAGAUGCUCAGUGCCGUAUGAAAACAUGGCACUGAAACUGAAGACAGCAGUCAGAUAAAACCUCCCAGGCUUUCUGGAGUUUAUGAAGUAGAGUAGCCAGGACCUAGAUGGAGCCGACGGUGCUGUCUGGGCCUCUGGGGCACGCUCAGUGGGAGCCAGAGCAGCCAUUUCCUCUGGGAUUUCAAACGCUGGAUUCAGACAAUGGGGGUGUGCUCUGUCUAAACAAGAGUGGCCAGGCAGGUUUGAACUUCAGGAAAGGUGAGGAGGACAAGCUUUUCCCAGAAAGUGAUGAGAAAAACGUGGUUUUUAUGGAUAAGCCAGUAGAACUUGACCACAUUUUAAACAUUUCUACCUUUCCCUGUGGGGAUUUGCCAUUCGAGGGAGUGCAGCCCACACAUUUCCAAGAAAAAAAGGAAGGACUGGAUGGGAUUAGUGACUGCACGUUGUCGUGGCUGUUUUCUCCCAACUUUUCAGAUGUAUAUGAGAAAACCUCUGCCAGUAACGAGCUGAUGCUCCGACUAGAUCCCCCUCUUGAGGGCUCAGAUGUCCUCGGUGACCAUGCUGACUUAAUAAACCUCAGUGUGCCAUCUUCUCCAAUUAGGAUUUCCAGGAGUAAUUCUGAGACGAAAGCAGGGGAUCCGUGUUUGCUAGUUGAUCUUUCAGAUGGGCAUCUCACCCAGGAAUCUACAAGUGAGUUAAAACCACAGGGUGUCACUGAGGAGGUGCCUCAAGAGGAGCAGGCUGUUCUCUCUCCCUCACAGUCACCUGAAACAGGAGACAAAGGUUUAUUCCCUGAUCAAGUGACUGACCUGCCUGUAACCAGUAGCACGACAGUGCAAAGUUUACCUGAGAGCUACCAGCAGGACACACACACCAGCAAACCACAGGAAGGAUCUGCGCCUUUGUUGGAUCUGGAGCUUUUAGAUUUUGACAGUAGCUUAUGCCCUGCCAGUCCUGUGUCUAAUAUCUGCACAGGUGCUCAAUUAGACAGGUUGGAGGUGGCAAAUUCGGAAGCUGCUGUAAUUGCGAAUUUCUCAUCGGAGCAGCUGAGUGAGAACGAGUCACCUGCUCCGGGUCUGUCAGACGAACCCUCAUUCCUGACACUGCCUCUGACUCAAGAUGCCUGCUGUCGUGAUGAUCUCGCCAGCGAGGGUAGCUCUAUGGAGAACAUUUCUGAGGAUUUGAUGGAUGGGAGUGCGCCCAGUCUGAAGGUCGAGCGGAGGGAAGAGGAGAGGCUGACCUGCACCAGCCGGCUCCAGGGCUCGGAUCAUCAUGAAGCGGCUUCUUUUGAUUUCUCAGUUCAGGACGUAAACAUUUCUUCUUCGGAAGCUGAAUGGACUAGUGAGCGGACUGUGGGGACGAUCUCCCGCUCUAAGAUGGUGGGGGGUGACUCACUGCCAGUGGUCCCAGCUGUAAAUGCAAGAGAAGACGACAUCUCCCCGCUGAAGGCUGUGUUUGAUGCUUUAGACCAAGAUGGAGAUGGCUUCGUUCGUAUUGAGGAGUUUAUGGAGUUUGCGGCUGCCUAUGGGGCCGAUCAGGUGAAGGAUUUGACCAAGUUUUUGGACCCCAGUGGCCUCGGAGUCAUCAGUUUUGAAGACUUCCACCGUGGAAUCUCAGCAAUCAGCAAUGGAGGCCCUGAGCCACAGCUCUACAACGUCCCCUACAGCCCAGAGGACGGAGCCGUGGGCUGUCCGGAGGAGUACGACGAGCAGAAUGAGGUGACAGACAGUGCAUACCUGGGCUCUGAGAGCACAUACAGCGAGUGUGAAACCUUCACAGAUGAAGACACUGGAGCCCUGGUUCCUCCUGAGAUGCAUGAAGAGGUGGAGACGGACAGCGGCAUAGAAGCAACACUCAAUGACCCUGAAGAUGCUGGGAAUAGGUUUUCCCUGAACUCUGAGCUCCACAACCACUCGCUGGUGACGGUCAUCGGUGGAGAGGAGGAGCACUUUGAAGACUUUGGGGAAAGCAACACUUCAGAGCUGAUCUUGGAGAGCAGCGUGGACGGUUGUAGGGUAGAGGGCGACUCCCUGCUCUCACCGCCGCCCGAGCACGCCAAUGGCUCAUUGCUUCUCUCUCCCAGCACACCUGCUUCUCUCCCCGACCGCUUUCAGAGCUAUCUCAGGGAGGAGGCGCUGGACUUUUUCUGUAGCCAGUGUCACAAACAAAUAAAUCGCCUCGAGGACCUCUCGGCUCGCCUCAAUUUCCUAGAGAUGACUAGUGCUGGCAAGAGGCUGUCCAGUAAAAAAGUGGCGAGACACCUCCUCCAAAACAGCUCGAUGACGUUGGACACCGUGAGUGACUUGACGCGGGACAUUCUGGAGCUUGCUGAUAAUGACAUCUCAGACAAGGUGCUCCUCCUGGAGCGCCGCGUGGCAGAGCUGGAGAAGGAGUCUGAGGCAUCAGGAGAGCAGCACGCGCGGCUGCGUCAGGAGAACCUUCACCUGGUGCACAGGGCCAACGCGCUGGAGGAGCAGCUGAAGGAGCAGGAGCUCCAAGCCGACGAGCAGCUGCAACAAGAGACUCGGCGUCACAAAGAUGCUUUGAGCAAACUGGAGAGGGAAAAGAGUCUGGAGCUGGAAAACCUGCAGGCCAGGCUGCAGCAGCUUGAUGAUGAGAACAGUGAGCUGAGGUCCUGUGUUCCUUGUCUUCGAGCAAACAUCGAGAGACUAGAGGAGGAAAAACUAAAGAUUCAGGAUGAGGUAGAAAUCUUGUCGGACAGGUUUCAGGAAGAGACAGAAUCACGCAGGAAAAUGGCUGACAAGCUGAGUCAUGAGCAACACCAAAACCAGAAGGAGAAGGAGAGCACGCAGGAGCUUAUUGAAGACCUGCGUAAACAGCUGGAGCACCUACAGCUUUACAAGCUGGAGGCAGAAGCAAAGCGAGGCCGAACCCCCGGGGCGGGGCUGCAGGAGUAUCAGACCCGAACCCGCGAAGCAGAGCUGGAGCAGGAGAUCAAACGCCUCAAACAGGACAACCGCUCUCUAAAAGAGCAGAAUGACGAGUUAAACGGACAGAUCAUCAACCUGAGCAUCCAGGGAGCCAAGAAUCUGAUGACCGCCUCGUUCUCCGACUCCCUGGCAGCUGAGAUCAGCUCUGUGUCUCGUGCAGAGUUGAUGGAGGCGGUUCACAAGCAGGAGGAGAUAAACUACAGACUCCAGGACUACAUAGACAAAAUCAUUGUGGCCAUCAUGGAGUCCAACCCUUCCAUCCUGGAGGUCAAAUAGACUCCACACAGCCAGAGGGACCUCUGACUCCACAGGCUGUAACAUAUAUAUGAAGACAUGAAGGAGGAGGAACACGAUUCAGACGGGAUGUAAAAAUCUAAAUAUUCAGACGUUCAUCUGGAAAAAGAAGACAUCUCCCAACAUUCUUCAAGAAAAGACGAAUACUAGAUUUCUGAGAAAUCCGUAACUGGUGGAAAAAAUAAGCUUUUUUUUUUCUUUGAGUUUGUGUGAAUCUUUACGUUCGUCCUCCUGAAGGCACUUGGGUUCUGGUGACGUCCAUGUUUGUGGCUAGAGGGACCCGGUAGACUUCCUAUUUCCUGUUUGGAUUGAGCUAAAACAGUUGGACCAGAAGGCCUUCUAAAAGGUUAUUCACCAACUCUCCACCCAUGCCUCGGCUCCGUCUGCUCCAGGAUGGAGAUCUGUGGGCCGAUGCCCUGAACAGCGCUGAGUCGUUCUAAUCAUGAAGCGCCGCUCACAGGAGGAGGAGGAGAGGAGGUUGUUUUUAAAGCUUCUCAUGCUGCUCUUCAGCCUGGUCUGGCUGUCAUCCCAGCAAACCCAAGUGAGGGACGUUUCUGCUGAUGUGCAGAUGAGAAAUGUCUGGAGGGUUUGUUCCUGUGUGUUUGUGUGUGUUACAGCCCCUUUUGUAUUUAGUUUUGGGCCAGUUGACUAUAAAAGGAGGUCUAAAGAUUGACUCGUUAUUUUGUUCCUAAGUCUCACAAGUUUAAAAUCAAAGUGGCUGUUUUUAGCGCUUGGUGGUUCAUUUUUAACGAUGAAACAGGGUCCUGGAUCUCAGGUGGGCUGAAAAAGCACUACAUUUCCAGCUCGUCCCAUUAGACAGAGUUCAACCGACACGUGUUGACAUGGGGGAACCUGAUGAGAUCUCUCAGCGACUUGGUUUUUGAAGUACAGCCCACCUGAUUCCAGCAUUCUCUCUCUCUGAGUGAAAUCUAGAAGCUCAUCCUUACUUUUGUCAGUAAAACCGUUCUUGCAACUGCAAUGCCGGCAUUUGACCGAUUGUAUGUAAGGGACUGAAUGGUUGUACUUUGCACUACGUUUUGAUGUGUUGUUGUAAAGCUGUUCAUCAUGAAGGGAUCAAGUCAUAAAUGAGGAUCGUUUUACAGCCUUUGUGAAUAUGUAAACGUGGGAUUAGUUGCUGUUACCGCACCAUUGUACCGCCAUGCUUAAUGUGGCCUCAAACAAUCCUGCAGCUGUGUCUUAACGUUAGAUUAUAGCUAGAUUUUUUUUCCAGAAAACAUGGCAGAACUUGUGCAGCAAUAACACUCGGUGAUUGUCCUUUAGGUGUAGGCUGAUUGAACAAACAUGCUCUUUGUUCCUUCUCCUGAUGUGGACGAUUACCUGGAUGUUGGGAAUUGUGUUUGAUUAGUAGAUCGGGAAUGUUGCAGGUUGUUUUUGAACUGCGUGGCACCAGUGUGCUCAGUGUUCCUGUUUGGUGUCCCACUCUUCUCCACUAUCUCAAUGCUCUUCUUCACCUGCCACUCCGUGGGGGGGGGGGGGGGGGGGGGCCUUGGAUGUAAAUGACUUGUAAAGAUUUUUCUACACUCAUUCUAGAUUCUAGGUAUUUUUAUAGUCACAAGAGGAAAAGAUGGUUUUGUUUUUGUUUGUUUUACACAGGAUCAACAGCGGCCUGGACUCCUCUCUAGCAUGUAGCGUGUACAGCAUCUUUUAGGGUUCUUUUGUUUCUAAACAUGCAGAUAUUUAUUCAGCGACAACUCACACUGAUCUGUUCUGCUGAAAAACCCUUGUUUUGACUUCCCCUGGGGAGGUUGUACACUGAUUUAAAUGUGAGGGGGAAUGUUUUAAGGUUUGUGGGUGUGUUGCACAGAAGGCUUGAACCUGGUCAUUCGCUGAGGUCCCUUCCAAAACGCUGAUGUUGCUCUGAUCUGUUCAGAUGUGGCAGAUCGUGCUGUUGUCUUCCCAGAUGGAGUUGGGUUCUGCAUGAACACUCACAUCUCUAGUAUAUCUUUCACUUGCAUUUUGACUGACAGAUCUCACACUCUGACCUUCAUCGCUGGAGUUGUUGGAUGUGCGAUUUUUUUUUCCUUUUUUUUUAUCUCAACACUUACAUCCUCACCCCCCAGUUCAGUCUUCUGCUCUUUAAGGGGAAAGGGUGAAAAUAUUCCAGACAUGUGAGCUUAAUUUCAUAUAUUGUCUGUUUCUGACGGUUUGAUGACCAACAUGGCUGGCAACAGUACGAUUAGACAGAAAACAUUUGCAUUCAUCGGAGCUGUAUUGCACUUUAACCAGAUCUAAUUUUAAUUCCAGUUUUAAAAUGACCAAAGAUGGGAUUGCUUUGAAUAUCAGCGAUUCCUCUUUAGAUAAUACUUAACCUGUUCUUGUUCGCCCUGAAAAGAGAGUCAGAAGCUGGUCUGCUAGUCUAAACACUGUGCCUCUGCGUCUCAAACCUUGCCUCUAAGCUGACGUGAGGAUGAGCCCCUGGGGUGAAAGCACUGACCACGUUCCUGUCAGUUUGUUAAAUUAUUCUGUCAACCUGAGCUGUAAAUAUCCGUUAUCUUUUUGUUUUGUUUUUCUGUCUCAAGCUCACUUCCAGUGUCCAAAGAAAGUUCGCUCAAGGCACAAACGGCACUACUGGAGUAGUGCAUGGCUUGCCAUUAUGUGACAUGGGAAGAUUUAAAGAGAAUAUUGUAGAAAGGAGAAUCUGUAAAACGUAAAUUUAUUCCUAUUUUCACAUAUAAAUGUAUAAAUUAUUACAGUAUUGGGUACAGCUGUAUAUUAUUUUUGAAGCUCCCCAAAGUGAUUUAAUCUUGAUUGUUACAAGGGAAGUAUGUUGUAAAGGCAAUUUUAUGGUAAGAAGUGAAAGUAAGAAUAGAAUAAAUAAAUAAAUGGAAUAAAAUA